GGAUCUAUCCAAAUCUAGGGUUUGGUUUUGGUCCUAGGAUUCAAAGAUCUAGGUUUUGAUCUUUGUUGUUUUCCCAUAAAUACCUACAGAGCUCUGUGAUCAACACCAAAGGCACCAGAUUCCUUCAGAGCUUCCAGGAGUUGUGCCCCUUGCUGAGGGCUUCAUAAAUAUUUCUGUAUUUCAUAAAAAAUACAAUAUCCUGAACUGAAGGUGACCGAAAGAAUCAGCGAGCCCAGCUCCUGGCUCUGCACGGGGUUUGUUUUCAUCCCCGGAGAGGCAGAGCAGCAUUUUAUCCCUGAUUUUCUUUUGGGGGGAACUAUAGAGAAAUGGUGCGUGGGUGGAGUAACACAGGGAAAGGAAAGAAAGCUUGGAAAACGGGAGUGUGAUGUCCCAAACCACAGGCUGGCAGCCUUGCCCGUGGUUUGCUGCCUUCCUUGAGGCUUUACAAACACUUUCAUAACUGUUCUGAGGGGAGGAAUUUCUGCUCUGCACUCCAAGGCACCGAGACAGGCAAAAUCAUUCCGUGCUGCCGUGGAUGUGAAGUCCUCACCGUGCUGCCUCUGCUUCUUCUCCCCCAGAAACUCCCAGGGCCCUGAAUUUGCAGCACCCAAAACUAAAAAGAGACCCAUCAGGCUGGAUCUGGAUGGAAGAUGGACCAGGGGAUGAAUAGCAGGAGGGAAGAAAGAGUGAAGUUGGUGAUUUUUCUGGCACAUGGAUGCAAUUACACUCAGUGCAUUCCAGAGGCGUUCCUUUGAAUCCUGUGCAGGUCUGCCUGCCGUCCUUGGGAGAGAGGAAGAAAAAGGGAGGAGAAGUCCCUCUUGCUGGGAGACGGAAUGUCUGCAUUUUCAAUCCUCUUCUUAGCUUCCUGCUCCGUGUGGCUCUGCGAGGCUCAGACCGAGUUCAAGAGGGUGGCAGAAGAAAACGUGACCCUGCCCUGCCACCACCGCCUGGGGCUGCUGGAGCAGGGCAGCCUGGACAUCGAGUGGCUGCUGCACAUCUCUGAGACCGUGCAGAAAGCGGUGAUCACCUACUCUGGGGGCCGUGUUUAUGAUGACCUGAACGAGGAGCAGAAGGGCCGUGUCUCCUUCACCUCCAACUUCCUUGCUGGAGAUGCAUCCCUGCAAAUCAUCUCCCUGCAGUCCAGCGAUGCAGGGAAAUACAUCUGCAAGGUCAAGAACGCUGGCCAGUACGAGUGGGCUCGCAUCACCCUCAAGGUCGUGGAGAAACCCUCCAAGCCCAAGUGCUGGCUGGAGGGGGAGAUGCUGGAGGGGAAGGAGCUGUCCCUGCAGUGCCGCUCCGCCUCGGGCACUGCCCCCAUCUCCUACCGCUGGCAGCGCCUCAGCGAGGAGGACGAGAGAGCCGAGCACCUCCCACCCAACUCCAGAGUCAACAUCUCGAACCCCGGGCAGGUCCUGCUGAAGAACCUGACGCAGAUGAGCACGGGGCUGUACCAGUGCGUGGCCACCAACGAGGCGGGCCAGGAGAGCUGCGCGCUGCAGGUGACAGUGCAGCCUGAGGUCCAAAUCGCCUGA